CCAGUGACAGCUGUGAACCUGUCCCCGUCGUCUCAGUGCGCCGUCAAGAUUUUUCGCUGCUCGGAGCUGGGAGUGCAAAAAUUCUGAAACUAAACACCGCUAAGAUGUCGUCGGAAGUUGCAUCGCGAAUCCAGAAACCCGUCCUGCGAGGACUCCACAAUGCCACCAUCAAGCGCAACCUGAUUGUGUCCAGCGUCCUGUGCACGAUCGCCGUUGUCGCGAUGAAGGUGAUGCACAACGAUCCGAAGGUGCAAGACUACGCUGAGUUCUACAAGACCUACGAUGCAAACAAGGCGUUCCAGCGCAUGAAGGAUGCCGGUCUUCUGCAGUCGGUGAAGGAUUAAAUGGCUACCCCCCCACCCGCAGUUGACAGAAUAGUAAUGAAAAGAAAAUGUGGUCGAUACCUUGUUUCGAAAGGCCAGUGCCGGGCUGUCGGUACAUUACCAUCAUUGGCCAGCGGCACGUUGAGUGAAGGAACGAAAUAAAUCCUGUUCUAAACGUAGGAAA